AUGCUUCGCACAACCUUCCGCCAGACAGUCGCCUUCCGGCCUGUUCGAUGCUUCUCUACCACUCCUCGCGUCAUGACUGAGGGAGCUACUGGUUCAGUCCGUCCCACUGGUGGUUCCGGUGAUGCCUUCCAGCGACGGGAGAAGGCCAGCGAGGACUACGCUAUCCGCCAGCGCGAGAAGGAGAAGCUGAUCGAGCUGAAGAAGAAGCUCCAGGAGCAGCAGCAGCACCUUGACCGUCUCUCCAAGCACAUUGACGAGAUCACCCGUGAGCAGGGCGGCGAGAAGAACUAA